GUUUGUCCGAGUUUUUUGCCUUUCAAAAUCAGAGUUGAAAGGCAAGCUGGUUGCUCAAGAGUUGGGAGCACAUGUGUUGUUUUUAAUUUUAUUAACAGUUGCACCUCUUCGUCAAGUCCUUCUUGCUUCUAUUUUAAAUCUGGAGAGUUGAAGUUCUCGUGUUUUUUUUCUUGCAUUGCAGUAAAACCAUCCAGCGCAGGAAAAGUCUCUUUCAGAUUGAAGCCAGAUCGUGGAAAAGCUGUUUCGGUGAACAUACUGUGUGCGACACCUUACCUCCAGCUCUGAGUUUUCCGUGAAUUGCAUUUUCCUACGGAACCCACAUUACAGCUGCUCGGGCUUCUGAUGGCGCAGCUUCGGAAAAGAUCUGUGCUCAAGAAUUGGAGCACACUGCUUUCAGUUGGUGCUGCGGAACUGAAGAGAUUCAACACGGUGCACACAAGCACUGUGCAUUUUAAUUGAGGAGAAAGUUUGCCGGCAUCACGUCUCUAUCAAAGAAAUCAGGAACCAAGCUGGAAGAUGGAAGGAGGCAGCAUCUCAGAGGUCUAAGAGAGCCGUCGGUAUGCGAAGGAUGUACAAGGGAGGGAAAUUUGAAUCCUAUUUAUUUCUUGAGGAAUUAAAAGAUAGGAACUGAUUAAGAGUUGUGGAUCUGAUCAGAGCGACUCAAGAGAUGUUGAAGGUUUGGAGCACAGUUAACGAUACGUGAAGACUUUUCGCCUUGUAUGCACAGUAUAGGGCUCGCUGUGGAAAGGACAGAAGCGAGAAGGAAAAGUGAAGCAAAACAAAAAUGCCGAGAGCCGGAACUAUGUCGAAAACGUCUAACGGUUGCUUUUCUUUCUGUUGGGACGACCCCAGAACUUCUAGGACCGGCUGCAGCUUUUCAGAUUUGACAAACCAGAAAUCAACGUCUGAGGAACCUGCAAACCAGCUUUUGUGUGACAAAGAAAAUGAUGGCAACCGAAAAAUCUUGCUCUUCAUCACUGUGGAGAUUGAGGAUGGAAGCUGUAAACACAUUCAGAUGAAGGAAGGCGAUUCAGCAGAGGGAGUGGCAACACAAUUCUGCAAUGUCCACUCCCUUCCCAGGGAUUGCGUUGCGCCUCUCACGGAGCAUAUACUCAACAAUAUUAUAGAUAUCAGCAAGAAAGACGAGAAUAUCCUCUUCUGCUCUGAAGAAGAGCGUCAUGCUUAUGAAGCCAGAUUGAACCACGCGGACAAAGAGGACUAUUUUGAGAAUAGAGACUCGUCUUUUGAAAAGAAUGCGGCAGGAGAAAGUGAACGCCAGUACCACUACUCAAGUUCUGCAACCCCAUUCGCGGAAUCUCAAAAUAUCAACAGGCCUUGUAGGAGGGUGCCUGUGUUGCCACCAAGGACUGUGCGGAAGAAGAGGAAUAAUUUUGCUGAGCAGCAGCGGCAAUGUGCAAUUCUUUCACGCAGCCACAAAUUUGUCAGACCCGAACGUGAUAAGAAACGCAGGAAGCGUCGUUUAUCUGAUACUGAGAUGGCUGCUUGCUUACGGCUGCACAGUGACUCCUUUACACGUAAGGAGCGACAUCUGGAUAUGUGCAGACAGCACGUGAAGUUAUUUGCAGAAAAUGUCAACAGUUCAAAGGUUAAAAGUCCCAAGAAAUCUUGGAAAACCUACAGAAGGCGAUCGGAAAUUGCUAGCAGAUAUGAAAAUUAUGGUGAACUAUUGUACACGGAAGGGAUGUUCAUGAAGGAGAAAUACAUGAAAGAAAUCGAACGGAAGAAAAGACAAGAGAGAAUCAGGGAGAUGAUAAGCUGCAGUGGAAAGCCUCAUAUAAGCGAGCGAGCAAAGAAUUUGCAGCGGGAUGGAAAUAUCUGGGAUAAGCUUGCUGCUGAGAAAUUUGAUCAUGAGCAGCUUCGGUUUGAGGUGAAUCUGCUCUCUGAAACAGUGAUGGAAGCCAAAAUGGCAGAAUGCACGUUCAUGCCACACAUCAAUCAUCAUCAACAGGCCCUUGAACAAACGGAUGAGUCGGUUUCACGGUUUGACCAACUCUUUUUUGAUUUUGAAAGCCGUCGUCAACGUCAGAACCAAUACUCGGAUUGGUACCCUGAAGGAUUGACCUUCCAACCAGUUAUCAAUAGAAGAUCUAACGAUGCAGAUGAUAAAAGUCGACCGAUAGUGUUUGAUCGGUUGUCACAGAUUCCUAAGGAAAUGCUCUACAAGAAGGCAUCGAAGAAGGAUGUCGGCAAUUGUUCUGUAUUAGUAGAUAAAAGUACCGGUCGAAAGCUGUUCACGCCAAUGACCGGACGAGAGCCGCAUACUGACAGGAAUCCUAUGCAUUUGCCAGUAGGAGUGUUACUGUAUGAGAUGCAAGCAACACAAGCGGGGAAGAAAGAAGCAUUGCUGAAGGAGGAAGAAAAGUUAGCGAGAGAGAAAGCCAAGUGCAACUUUGUUAAUCCAAAAUCCUACAAGUAUUUAGCACGUCUGAAGCAGCGCGCUUUCAAAAAAAUCUUUAAUACUCUUGAUGCUGACAAUGAUGGAUAUCUUCAGCUAAGUAAGGUUGAUGCGAAGACAGUAAGCUGGAGCGCAGCUGAAGAUAUUGAAACCCUCAUCAAAAUGGGCAAAGGAAAUGAGCUUCUAUCAUACGACUCUUUUGUCGCACUCAUGCAAGAAGUUGAGGAGAAGAAUCACCCAGGCUUUACCGUACGUGGUAAUCUUAGGCACAUUCCUCAUGCAGACAGGAGUAAUUUAAACCUCCAGCACAAGGUUGACGGUGUAUCCAGUGAUCUUGCAGCCAGGAGACGAAAGUACUCUGAUCAAUGGUACAAGUUCGUACUCCAAGAUGUCCAGAAGAGGAAACAGAAGGUAGAAGAUAUGCGGAAGGAGAGGCAGAGAAUUGAGAUGAAAGAGUGCACGUUUGUACCCGAGUUCAGCAGGUCCAGCAGCAGAAACAGGGGCCAGCCUAAGCUUGAAAGUAUUCCUCAGCCUGCUCGUGUUGCCGAUCCUCCUGUCAUCUUAGAGAAGAUGACGGUGGAGAUUCAUGGCUUUGUUUCCCAAGGCGAUUGAAGUCCGCCAGAAAAUUUGAAUUGAUAAUUUAGUUGAUAACCCACAAUGUCAUCCUAACGAUAGGUUAGAUGAUCACGCAUUCAAUCCUGGGAACAGUCUGUAAAAGAUCACUUCUUAUCAACUUGGGGUCUUGAUUUUCGUUUGUUCCAUCAGGUUUUAAGCAUCCCAUAUACUAACGACUAAACGCAUUGUAUCCAUUGGAAAAUUCAUUCUACAUUGGAGAAUUACAAAAGCCUUGUGGCGUAACU